UUUUACAUGUAUAAAUAUUUUCAAUAAUUUAUUGCAUACAUUUAUUUACAAGUAAUUGUUAACGACUACAAAUAUGGUAAUAUUCGACAAGUUUUGAUACUUCGUUAUAAUAUACUAGUGCUGAAAUUAUUUGAAAAAUUGGAUAUUAAAAAUGGUUACAGUGGAAUUAGAAAAUGGUAGCAUUCAUGAAACGCCUACACCGAAUAAUAAUUGUGUUUCAAAUAAACAAAACGAUCACAAUAUAGAACUUAAGAAAGAAAAUCAGAUUCCUGGUUAUUUGUCAAUUUAUUCAGUAUUUCAAUUAAUCGGAAUAUUGCUUAUAUUAUCCGUCUUUGUAUGGCUUCAAUUUUAUCGCACUGGUUUUGGUUUUAGCGGAACAAUAAAAAUAUGCAACUGGCAUCCUUUAUUAAUGACAAUCACAUUUAUUUAUUUAUUCGCAAAUUCUAUCCUUCAUUUUAGAAAUUUUCGAAAUACUACAAAACAAAAAUUAAAAAUGCAACAUGCAACAAUUCAUAGUUGUAUUAUAAUCUUCGGGGUACUUGGUUUAUGGACUGGUUUAAAUUCAAAUUUAAUUGCUAAUCCACCUAUUCCAAAAUUUUACAGUUUGCAUAGUUGGUUGGGAAUUAUUACUGUUGUAAUGUUUCUUUCUCAGUUUACAAGUGGAUUUAUAUCAUUUCUCUACCCUGAAAUAGCAAUGAAAUAUAAAGAAGCUGUUAUGCCUUAUCACAUUAUAUUUGGUAUAUUGACGUUUGCAUUAUCUAUUGUAACUUCAGUACUGGGAUUUAGUGAAAAAAUCAUGUUUGCUUUGAACCAACAGCAUGAACAUAUGUCGACGGAAGGACUGUUUUUAAACUGUGUAGGGAUAGUACUAAUUUUUUAUGGUGCAUUGGUCGUGUAUAUAUUAAUCAAACCUGAAUAUAAAAGAUGUUCUAAACCAAAUGACGGAGUGACACAUAAUGGGACUUUAAAUUAAUUUUAAUUUUGUGAUUGUAUACUUAAUUAAUGUUAAUGAUGAACAUAUACUCACAAAAAAAAAAAAGCCUGACAAUGACAAUAUGUCACAAAUUA